AUGUUGCCUCUGGGCCUUUUGACAGCCGCGCAAGGCCAUCCGAUGCUUGUGGAAUUGAAGAAUGGGGAAACGUUGAACGGACACCUUGUCAACUGCGACAACUGGAUGAACCUGACGCUGAAGGAGGUGGUGCAAACAAGUCCCGAAGGCGACCGUUUCUUCAGACUACCCGAGGUCUACGUGAGGGGCAAUAAUGUGCGUGACAACCGCUCCGCUGCAAGAAAUAAGUGCCUUCGAAUCGGGGCCGUGGUGGUCCAUCGCAGCGAGGCGACGGCGGCAAGGGAGACCGAAACCGUGGUGGAGGACGAGGAGGACGGACCCGUGGUCGUGGCAGAGGUUGAGCCUGCAAGGCCAAUAAAGAGUAUAGAAAAGAACGAAAUAAGAUACCCCUGCGACAAAAGCUCUGAAUGGAUGUGCGAUGAUACCUUUGGGCAGAUUAGACAAGCAUGGUAUUGGCGUAUUGUGGCUGCGUACCAGGAGAAGGGCGGUACUUUCUGGGACUCUCGUCUAGAGAUGCGACGAGGGAACCUCCGCGUCGAUGGUUUGUGGUACUGUCUCUGUCCGUCAUUCUGCCAUUCAUCGCUAAGACAGCCAUUUCCCUCGUUCGUGUCAAGACGAGCAUCUCCGACAAGAUGUCGUGUCUCCAAUCUUGCCCCGGAUGCGGCGCCCGGGAUACGACGCUACAGCAGUGCUGGGGGAAGUGAUACAGCUCAGACAGAAAGGGCCAGUGAGGAAUUAUCCAAAAACCACGCCAGAGAGUCGGUCUCUAGCGCACAAUCACCAACGUCGGCCGAAGAAGUCCAGCAGCAACAAGACGAUCAGCCGAAGAUUCGGAUCACACGCUACUUUGCUCGAGAUCCAGCGCUAGUGAGAGUCCCCCAGAGCAUAAGCCAGAAAUCAACAGAAGAUUUGGAGAAUUAUCUCAACCAAGUGACUUCCGAAAAGUCGCCAAAAAUGUUGACCGUGACUGCCGUCCUGCGCGCCCUGAUAGCGGAGCGACACAUUGAGCCAAAGGUGCGGCAUUACAGAGCCCUGAUACUAGCCAACACAGACCCGAGAUAUGGAUCGCCCGAAAAUGUCCGUUGGUUGCUCCAAGAAAUGGAGGAAAAUGGAAUAGCAGCAGACUCGUCGACCCUCCAUGCUGCAUUGCAGGCACUCGCCGUUCACCCCGAUUACCUCUUGCGCCAGGAAGUCCUCCGUACACUCCGGGAUCGAUGGCUAUCUCUCAGUCCAACUGGCUGGCAUCACCUUGUUGCUGGGCUUAUUCGAGAGCAACAGUUCGAAUUGGCCCUGGAUCACCUUGAUCACAUGGCGCGAAUGGAGAUCCCUGUUCAAAGCUGGUUACAUGCCCUCCUGGUUUACAAGAUGUGCGAACUCGAAGAUUUUGACCAGGUCUACGACCUGAUGAGUUCGCGGGCCAGUCAACAGCAGGAUAUUUCAAUGGACUUGUGGCUGUAUGUUCUGGACGAGGCAAGUGAGGCUCUUCAUCAUAAGACGACGAGAUAUGUAUGGAAACAAGUGGUGGAAUUGGGAUACUUGAACCCGUCGUAUGGGGUGUGCGGCAACGUCCUGACGGUUGCGUCCCGUACUGGCGAUACCGACCUGGCUGCGUCGGUGAUUCGCUUCCUCGUCAAGACCGAAGUCCCACUGACCCUAGAGGACUAUGAGAAGCUUGCCGAAACCCAUGUCAUGGCUGGCGAUCUCCAGGCGGCUUUUGAUACUCUGUGCUUAAUGCACAAUGCCGGUAUCCAACUGGAAGAAAGCUCAACUCGUUCCAUUCUUACAUACAUGGUGCAGAAGAAACUGAAACCACAACUUGCAUGGGAAACGCUAAAACGACUGAAAGCGCAGGGAAGAAAUGUUCCUGUUGGUUGUGCCAAUGUUGUCAUUGAGUAUUGUGAGCAUGAGCUUGCUCGCGACCAGGGGGCUGUAGACAAGGCCAUCAAAUUCUACAAGGAACUAUAUGAUCUCUGUUCCAGUCCUGCGGAUGUCACGACCUACAAUUGUCUUAUUUCCUUAAGUCGACGUGCCAAGCGCUCUGAUGCCUGCAUGUUUGUCGUCAAAGAAAUGGCUGCGCUUGGGGUUACACCAGACAUAACUACGUUUGAACUUCUCAUCCUCAUGUGUCUGGAGCUGGAAAACUUCCGCUCUGCCUACAUGUACUUCCAAGACCUCCUAGACAGAGGCUGGACGCUGAGUGACAGCACAUGUGCUAAGAUCCGUGAGCUCUGUCAGGGAUCUGAAGACGAAUUUGCUGUUCGAUUGGUGUCGCACCCAAUGCUCAGCAUUCUUGGAUAA